CAUCAGUACCGGGUACCGGAUGCGGAUGCGGACACGUGCGUGGCCCGCAAAUCUCUCGCAAAUCUCGACAAGUCCUGACUUGACGCGACCCCCAAAACACUGUUCAUAGUUUGCCGCUUGGUGUUCCCCCAUCUGGCAUUUUUGUCUCACUCUCUGGGCGGGAAGGAUCCAUCCUUCCUUUUUUUUUUGUUGCACUCCAUACUUCGGUCCCACGUGUGUGUUGUUUUGAGUGCGAGGUGAGUGAUUUUGAUGCGCUGUUUUUUGUCUGCCCCCGCAACAGUUGCAGUCGCCUUAAACUGUACCCGAAACAGAGACCAACUAGCGAAAGCAAACCAAACUAAAGCCAACCAAACCGAACCCAAAACCAAACUAAGCCCGGCUGAUAGCUGGCUAAAACCUGGCCUGCGGUCCUCGAUGGUCGAUGGUACAUACAUAUGUAUGUACAUAGAUGGUAGGUGGUCGCCGGUUGUCCGUUCGUUCAGCUAGUUUUGUGGUCGCUUUGACGCGGUCGCGGGCAAUUUGAAAGCCAACACCAAAACGCCGAUUACGAUAAGUGCAGUCAAAAAGGAGGCAAAGUGGGAAUCAGAAUCAUCAUCAUCACCAUCAUCAUCAUCGGCAGUAGCAGACUGCAUUGCAUUGCUCGCAUAACGAAAACAUUUCGCUUUCCGCCCGAUGUUGUAUUUUAUUUUCGCAUCGCUCUUUCUCAUCCUUUGUCGUCGUUUUAUGUUUUAGUUGCCAGCAGUUGCAGCUGCCAGUUUGCAAUUAAAGACUAAAGACCAGUCCCAUGCAAAUGCUAAAUGCUAAAUGCCCAAUGGUAAAUGGCAAACAGUGAGGCUACCGACGGGCGGCACAACCGAAUGGCGAAAUAUUAAAUACUAAAUGCCACCUGCCAAGGUGGCCUGUUGCCUUCGUCCGUCAGCAUUUCGUUGAAGUCACAGUCGUCAUCACCAGCACCAUUACCAUCGUCGUCAGCAUCGCAGUCACCAAUCUCCCUCAGGUGUCCUGAUGUCCGGAGCCACCAUCCAGCCACUUUGAGUGUGAACAGUUAUUGGCAUGCCACGCCCCCGCAAAGCGUAGCAAAGGAGAAGGAGAAGGCGAAGGAGAGGGAGCAGGAGCAGGAGCCGGAAGAAGUAGCGUAAAUAAAUAUGAUAAAGCUUAAGAAUAUAUAAUAAAGGAGAAAAGACGCAGCGACAACAGCAGCAGCAGCAGCAGCAGCAGCAGCGGCAGAGGCAGAGGCAGCGGCAGCAGAGGAUGGAAAGUUUAAAUGAAAUAACGCAAUAUAAAAACAUAAAUAACUAAGAAAAGUGCGGAGGAAGGGGCCAGCGAAGAGGAGGCCAAAAAAAAGUAGGCAACGACAAAAAAGAAAGGAGGAGCAACAAGAAGAGCUGGCAAGUUGGCAGGCCGUACAAUAAGGUGAGGCAUACACUUGGCCCCCCAGAAAACAAGAAUAGAAGAAUAAUAAUAAUAAGAAGAAGAAAAAGCAAAAGCAAAAGCAAAAUAAGGAGGAAGAGAAAGAGAAAGAGCAAGAGCUGGAGAAUCUGGCUAAGGACAUACACCCCAAACCCAAAGUUAGAGGAGCUGUGCAGCCGGACAAGAGAGAAUAGAGCUCAAUUACGCCGCCAAACUGUCGUGUCAGCAACAACGUGAAAUGUGCAAUUCCUGGCUGGUGCUCAUAAUUGCGCUCUCCGUUGUCGUCUGCCUGUGGAACUCGCAACAAACCGAAACAUCCAAAUCAUGCCCAGCCGAGUGCAUCUGCUUGUCCCAGACUCAAGUGCUGUGUAACACGGGCGGCCUAGACCAGAUCCCACUGCGCCAGCUGCCGGCAACGGUGGAGAACCUGGCGCUGACCAAAAACAACUUCCCGAUCAUCAAGCCGGACUCGUUCGCCGGCCUGCGGGCGCUGAAGAAGCUCUCGCUGGACGGCAACAACAUCACGCGGAUCAGGCAGUUCGCCUUCCGCGGACUGCCGCGCCUCAAGGAGCUGUCCAUCCAGUACACGCCGCUGCAGCUGGUGGCCCAGUUCGCGUUCGCCGGCCUGCAGAACCUGUCCACGAUCCUGCUAAGCCACAACCAGAUCCAGCGGAUCGAGGGCAACGCCUUCGCGGGCACGUCCAACAUCAAGCUGAUCCUGCUGACCAACAACCCGCUAAUCCGCAUCGACAGCUCGGCCUUCUCCAGCCUGACGAACGUGGGCCACCUGAUCCUGCCGUCCGGCAUCCGCAGCAUAGAGCAGGACGCCUUCUUCGGCAUGGACACGGUGGGUUCUAAGCUGGCCUACAUGGACCUCAAGGAGGUGGCGCCAUUCACGUUCCGCGGUCUGUCCAACGUGCUGCUGCUCACGCUGCAGGAGUCCGAUCUGGGGGUGAUCUGCGCGGACGCCUUCACCGGACUCACCCAGGUGGAGACGCUGCAGGUCCUCAACAACAAGAUCGACUCGAUCGAGGAGCUCAACUUCACCAGCACGGCGGCCAUCAAGCACCUCAAGUUCUUCGGCAAUCACGUGCUGGAAACGCCCGACCCCAACGCCAUCAUCGUGGACGGUGUGGAGCACCUGCAGCUGGUCAGCAACCACUUCCCCUGUGGCUGCCACAUCCACACCCUGCUCGACGGACCGCUGGCCGAGGGGGCCCACAACCUGAGCGACUUCCUGCAGAAGAACUACUGCAUCUCGCCACUGGAGGUCAACGGGCGCGUGAUGAGCGAGCUGGACAUCGACUCGAUUGGCCGCUGCUCCGACCAGCUGACCAAGGGCAACCUGGGCAGCUCGGCGGCCUCGCUGGCCCUCGGGAUCAACUCGAUGCUGCUCAUCGCGGUGGCCAGCUGCGCGGAGUGGCGCCACUUCCGCCUCCUGGCCCACCGGCUGGGCCAGCUCCUUGGCCACGUGGCCUGGCGACGGCGCCGGAAACGGCGGAAGAACCAUUAGGCGGAGGUCUCCUGCACCAACUACCGGAGAGAACUGCAGACUUCAGCUCAAGAUCAUUGAGGCGGAAACCGAAUUCAUGCUUCAUCUCCCCUUCCAUUAAAGUCCCUCGGAUUAUUGACUGCCUGGGCAUCUGUCGUCUACUAUAUAUACACGUGGUGUUUAUGUACUUGCACCGUAGAGUAAAAAGCUGCAGAUUGCCAAAUGUAAAACGCUGCAGUUUUGCUAUCAUCAUGCGAAAUCUGAGAGUCUGAUGCUGAUGCCGAUGCUGUUGAUGUCGCUCGAACUUCCCUUCUUGCCAUCCUGGCCCGAAAAAUGCUGAACCCUCGGCUAAUCCUGCAACCAGGAUACUGCAUCCUGCAUAUCCUGGGCCCGAGGGCCCAACAACAUUUGUUUGUUAGUUGUUUACGUUAACGUUUCUGUUGCCAUUUCGUUUUGUUUGCGCUAAAUGUGAAAUACGAAAUGCGAAAUGCGCGGGUAGCAAUCUGCAAAAUGCGAAAUACGAAAUGCGAAUGCAAAAUGCGGACUGCGGAUUGAACAGUAAAUUAUUAUAUCAAAUUUCGAGUCGAAUGUGUGUAAAUCAUAAAGUGAACACAUAUGGCCGACGGCAUGGACAAAAUCCAAUGUAAGCGUAUUUAAGCAUAUGUAUUUGUAUUUGUAUAUGUGACAAGUUAAAUAUAUAAACAUAUUUAUAUGUACGGAAAAAAUUUUUUUUUCAUAGUUGAUAGUUCAUAAAUAACUGGGAUAUUUAUUGGCCAAUUAAUAAAGAUGCUAUUUAUACAACCAUCUAUAUAUGUGAAAAUAAACAACCAGCAGAGACAUAAUCUGCAUUACCUAGCCAGAUGGAUAACGUAUGUAUCAUAUAUGCAUGGGUUUAUAUAUGCAUAGCAAGUCUAGUCAAUUAAUGCCACUGUAUCUUGUAUCUUUGUAUCUACAAUAGCUAUUCUAAAGCUAGCAGUAACCAAACAAACAAACAAACAAAGAAAGAAACAAACAAACAAACAAACAAACAAACAAACAAACAAACAAACAAACAAACAAACAAACAAACACACAAACAAACAAACAAACAAACAAACAAACAAACAAACAAACAAACAAACAAACAAACAAACAAACAAACAAACAAACAAACAAACAAACAAACAAACAAACAAACAAACAAACAAACAAACAAACAAACAAAAAAACAAACAAACAAACAAACAAACAAACAAACCAAACACGCAUUUGUACUUAUUUUAUAAAUCGAGUGAAACUAUACGAGCCCGCUAUAUACGGAGCACACACUAUAAUUAUAUGGAUAAAUAUGUGAUAAAAUGUUUGCAAUGCCACAAACUCACAGAUCUAGGGAUUGGGCGAUGGCCUUUUCCCGCACUGCAGGCUGUACAUAUCAACAGGUUACAGGUGGACAACUCUUAUCAAUUACUAACAUGCUUAUCUAAUUUGUGAAGACGACUACCAUGUACAUUUAUAGCGAAGCCCAACUAGCCCAACUAGCCCAACUAGCCCAACUAGCCCAACUAUAUCUAUAAGUUGGCCUCAGAAAUGCAAUUCGGCUUGAAGAAAAAUUAAAUGUAAAUUGACAACAAUUUUUCCAACAAUUUCAGGCAAAUCGAAUGAAACAACAUAAAUCAAACGAUUUUUGCCAGCAAAUGAAAAAUGUUUCCAAGCAAAUUGUUUUCUAGGCGUAUGAGUGGUAUCUGUGAGUGUGUGUGUGUGUGUGUGUGUGCGCGCAUAUCCUUUCUAAAGGCCCAGGAGAAUUGAUAUUUCAAUUAGACUUCGCAUUGCGAGAAAAAGCACACUCGUCACGUGCAAUAGUUCAACACUUAGGCAUACAAAUAUACAUAUAACUAACGAAUAGAUAUCGAAUUUUUUUUUUUUCACCCAAAAUAUAAGAAGCAUUUCCUUGUCAACCCUAAAGCUGCUAUAAGAAUCCAACUCUAAUACCAAAGUAAUCCAUUAUUUCUAAUGAAAAGUACAUAUAAAAACUAUCGAUUGUUAAUACUGCGAUAAUGUCUUCGAUUAAAUGUAAAAUAGCAUAAUUGUGUGACCUAAGUACGUUUCCAUCAUCAUUAGUUUAUGUCUUAACAAGAGAACGAGCUGGGGGAAAAUAAGAGAGUCAUCAUAAACGCAUUGCAUUAUUAUACUAUAAAUAUAUAAUGUUAACUGUAGGCUAAAUAUGAGAUAUACAGGUGCAUAACGAUAAUUAAUAACGAUAACGAUAACGGUAACGAUAAUGAGAUAGCAAGCUACAAAGAAAACUAAACGAAAUGAAAGCCAAUUCGAAAACAUGAACGAAUACCAAACUAAAAUCUAUGAAAAAUUGAUAAUCCAUAAUAGUAAUAAUAAUACUACUAAUCAAACCUACUAUCGAAGAGGAAGCCAAAUAAAAAGAAUGAGCAAAACAAAAACAAAUAUAAUAAAUUCAAA